GUUCUAGAAAACGUAACUUGAUGUAGUAAACGCCAUGAAGGGGGCAAAGCGUACUUGUACAGUUUACGCCUUCGGCUUGACCUUUCUUUGCGCGGGCGUGGACUCGCGCAGCGGCAGCCGCUGCGGCCUCCUCCCUCCGAUGGCGAUCUCCCACCUCUCCCGCCGCCUCCUGAGACCCGCUGCCGAGACGGCCAGGCUACUCCCCAGGCCGCUUCCCCCGCUCUUCCUCCACCCGCACCGCCGCUUCUCCGCCGGUGCCUCGGAGCCCGACCCCAGCUCCAGCACCGCCGCCGCCGCCGCGCGUCCGGUGUCCCCGGAGUCAAUGAAGCAUCAGGAGAUCGAGGGGCCCACGGUGGAGCGCGACACCUCGCCGCUCGCCGACGAGACGAGGCGGGAGCUCGACGCGCUCCGCCGCGCCGUGCGGCGGAUCAGCGGCUCCCUCGCGCUCCUCGGAGGGGCCCACCUCGCCGCGGGCGCGUGGAUCGCAUCCGGCGCGGCGCCCGUCGGUGUGGGGUCGGCCGCGGCCGUGCAGGGGGUGGCGGCGUUCGCGUUCCCCUUCACGGCCGCCCUGGUGCUGCGCCGCGCCAUCAAGCCCAUCGCUUUCUUCCAGAAGAUGGAGGCCAACGGGCGGCUGCAGGUGCUCACGCUGUGUCUCCAGGCUACGAAAAAUGUUAACCUCAUGCUGCUCCGAACGCGGGUGCUCGCCAUCUCUUGCGCUCUUGGGGUGUCAAUCGGGUCAGUAGCUACGAUCUUGAUGCGGUAAGAGCUCAGCUCUCUUUAGGAAGAAUGGUUAGUGUUUGGAUAAUAAAAGUGCACUGGUGAUAGGCUUGAGAGUAUGAACUAUGAAAUUUGGGUGCUUAUGUCGAUCAUUGCUGGAGUAUUUUGUUGUGUAUGUUUCGCUAUCGAGGAAACCGUAUUGUCAUAGUUUCAAAUGUUCUUUUUACCUGCAAAUGUAGAGAUCACUCUACCUAUGACCAAUUGACCAUUAUGUUUAUGGAUGCCAA